UGGCUCCAUAAUUUUCAUCCAUUCUGUCGUUUCGUCUGAGAAGUCGUUGGGAAUGUGAUACGCAGCACCACCCCUCUCAUCUCAUCUCGCCACUCAUACGCAGACAGAAAUCGAGACUCCCUCCCUCCCUCCCUCCCUAGACCUCAUCGUUGGUCAGCAGCAUGUUGGGGAUGCCCUUGCUGACGGGGUACUCCCUGUUGCAGUUUGGGCACACCAGCUUCCCCUCCAGUAUGUGCACAUCCAUCACCACAUCAUGAACCGCCCUCAGGAAGUUCUCGUCCUUCUUGUCCUCCUCCGAGUAGCUCGGCGGCACACCAGGACUCAGAUUCAGCUCCUGUGCGGUCUUGUACAGCGCCUCCCAGUCGAGCUUUGGCAGCAGGUGCUGGAUGAACUCGGGUCUGAACUCGCUCUCCUCCACUGACUGGGCGUCCUUGUCGAUGUCGGUGUCGAGGACGAUGCGCAGGGGGAAGCCGCCCGUGCACUGCUUGCGGUUGCACAUGAGCAGAUUGUGGGUCAGCAGACGCAUACUGACUGAUGCACCUGCCUUCGGGAUCGAUGAUACUGGAGCAGAUGAAUCCGAGAUCAGGGAAAGGACGAGUCAGGUGACCGUGAGAGGCCCAUGAAUGCCUCAACGCGUUGAUGGACGAACGGAG